AUGGCCGCGGUGGGACACGGACCUCCCUGUCCACAGUGGGAAGCUGUCAUCCUGGGCCGCAGGCCGGGAGCGGGGGCCGCAGGCCGGGGGUGCGAGGGCCGCAGGCCGGGGAGCGGGGGCCGCAGGCCGGGGAGCGAGGGCCGCAGGCCGGGGAGCGAGGGCCGCAGGCCGGGGGUGCGGGGCCGCAGGCCGGGGAGCGAGGGCCGCAGGCCGGGGAGCGGGGGCCGCAGGCAGGGGCCGGGCCCAGGCGCUCGGGGUGAGCCGGGCCCGCGCCGGACGCGCCGCGCCGGAGUCUGCGCCCUGCCGAGAGCCCGCUCGACCCGGCCGCGCGGGAAGGAUGAGAAGCUGCGCGUGCCCGGGGCGGGGCGGCUGCGAGGCCCCGCCCCUGCGAGAGCCGCCGGCCGCGUCAGUGCGUCCGCCCGGCGCGGCGACCCGCGGCCCGGAGACCCGCGGCGGGCGGCGGCUCUGCGCCCGCGCGCCCUGCGGCCGCCGGGACCUGAAGACGUCCGGGGCCUCUGGCCGCUGGAGCAGCGCGGUUCCCUCGAGGGGCCCUUCGGCAGCCGUCGGCGUUGGCGGGGAGGGAGGCCCGCGCCCCCCGGGCUGUCACCGGUUCCUUCGGAGCCGGAAGCUCCUUCCGACCCCGAGGGGCGGCGGCCGGGCCGCCCGCGAGCGGAGCGCGAAGCCCGGCCCUGCCCUGCGCGCCCGCCCCGCAGUGAGGCGGUCGUGGGCCCGCGUCCUCCGGAGCCGGGCGCUCCUCCCCGGCGCGCACCGUUGCCUUGGGCGUGGUUUGGAGAGCGAGGGUCGCAGGGGAUGGAGGAAGGCUUGGAGUUUCAUCCAGAUAGUUGA